AUGAGUCAUUUAAUGUCUCUUCCUAUUGUGCUCCUAAAAGAUGGAACAGAUAAAGCUCAGGGAAAAAGUCAAAUAAUUCGAAACAUAAAUGCAUGUCAAGUUAUUGUUGAUAUAGUAAAAACAACAUUAGGACCAAGAGGUAUGGAUAAGCUUAUAUACACAGAAAGAGAUGUAACAAUAACUAAUGAUGGAGCUACAGUUAUGAAUUUAUUAAAUAUAUCUCAUCCAGCUGCAUCUAUAUUAGUAGAUAUUGCAAAAUCUCAAGAUGAUGAAGUUGGGGAUGGUACAACAUCUGUUGUUGUUGUUGCUGGUGAAUUGUUAAAUGAAGCUAAAGUAUUAUUAAAUGAUGGAAUUGAACCAAAUAUGAUAAUUGAUGGUUUUAGAAACGCAUGUAAUGUAUCUAUAAACAAAUUAAAUGAUUUGAGUUUAAGUUUUGUAAAUAAAAGUGAAGAAGAAAAAAAAAAUAUAUUAUUAAAAUGUGCACAAACAGCGUUAAAUUCUAAAUUAAUAUCAAAUCAUAAAAAUUUUUUUGCAGAAUUAGUAGUGAAUGCUGCUUAUCAAUUAGGAGAUAAUUUAGAUAAAACAAAUAUAGGUAUUAAAAAAGUAACUGGUGGAUCUUGUUUAGAUACACAAUUAAUUUAUGGGGUCGCAUUUAAAAAAACAUUUUCAUAUGCGGGUUUUGAACAACAACCUAAAAAAUUUAAUAAUCCCAAAAUAUUAUUAUUAAAUGUUGAAUUAGAAUUAAAAGCUGAAAAAGAAAAUGCAGAAGUAAGAAUCGAUAAUCCAAAUGAAUAUAAUUCAAUAGUUCAAGCUGAAUGGGAUAUUAUUUUUCAAAAAUUAAAUUUAAUAAAAGAUUGUGGAGCAAAUAUUGUUUUAUCUCGACUUCCUAUUGGAGAUAUAGCUACACAAUUUUUUGCUGAUCAUGAUAUUUUUUGUGCAGGAAGAGUUGAGGAUGCAGAUUUAAAAAGAACAGCAACUGCAACUGGAGCUGUUAUUCAAACAUCAUUAUUUAAUUUAAAUGAAUCUAUAUUAGGAAAUUGUGGUUUAUUUGAAGAAGUACAAAUAGGUAAUGAAAGAUAUAACAUUUUCAAAGAUUGUUUAAAAACAAAAUCUGUUACUAUUAUCUUAAGAGGAGGUGCAAAACAAUUUAUAGAAGAAGUUGAAAGAUCUAUAAAUGAUGCAAUUAUGAUAGUUUUAAGAUGUAUAGGUAAUUCUGAAAUAGUACCUGGUGCUGGUUCUAUUGAAAUGCAACUAUCAAAACAUUUAAGAAUAUAUAGUAGAUCUAUUUGUAAUAAAGAACAAAUUGUUUUAUAUGCUUUUGCUAAAGCAUUAGAAUCAAUUCCAAGAUAUUUAUCUCACAAUGCUGGUUAUGAUUCUACAGAUAUAUUAAACAAAUUAAGAAAAAAACAUUCAGAAGAAACUAAUGAUAUAUGGUAUGGAGUUGAUUGUUUAGAAGGAGAUAUUAUUAAUGCAUAUUCUAAUUGUAUUUUUGAAGUUACGAAAAUAAAAAGAAAUGUAAUUUAUAGUGCUACUGAAGCUGCUUGUUUAAUACUAUCAAUCGAUGAAACUGUAAAAAACCCAAGUAGUAUGGAUAAACAGCCAAGAAAUCCAUAUGCCUAA